AUGAACUUUUGGACAGUGCCGUCAGUUGAUGAUAUUCCACCAAAUGUGUCUUCUGGAACCGAUCUGGAACCACGCACGGCUGUAGAAGUGGAGGCGGUGGAGCGUCGGCGCUGGUUGCGACUUGUGCAGGAGGCUUGGCUUCGCCGUGGCCGCCGCGUGCCGCUUUCGGAACGGGAACCUCCGGCGGGCGGCAUAGCGGCAGAAGCUGCGGUUGUGCCGGCAGCGACAACUGCGGUAGUGGUGAGUAUUAACAUUAACCCCCUGCUUUGGGGAGAGGAAGGAGAUGGAAAUCAAGAGGAAAACUCCAUUCAGGCGUUGGAUGCGCCUUAUGUUUUCGGCUGGCGGUCACUGGGACUUCUCCCUGGUGACAGUUUCAACAUAUUGGGAGAAUUGGGAAAGCAACUGGAACGCCGGUACCAGGCCUUAUCAAAGCGCUCGCUGAUGGUUAAACACUGCCAUAAUACUGAAGUGAGCCGGUUGCAUCGGGGUCUCAUGCAGUGCCGAGAACGUGCCGGGGGACGUGGAAAGGUAAUUUUUCAUUACGGUGGCUACGGUGUACCGCGACCGCAGUCGGGAUUAAUAUACCUGAUGGAGCCAUCUGGCAGUGCUGUGAAGUGUCGCACCAGGACGCUCUUCGAGAAGGUCGGAUUGCCGCUGGUUGUGGUGGCUGAUUGUCCAAACGCUAGCGAACUUUUAAGGAAUUUCCUUCGCUGCCAGAGUUCGCCCAAACCGGAGCACAACACGGGGAGUGAUGCCGAAGGUGACACUUCGUUUGCACAAGGACCUCCAGAUGCGGACCGCCCCACGCUGCGGGUGCCCCAUGAGGGUACGGCAGGUGUAUCAUCAUUUGAUGCUGGUAGUGAAGAAACUUGCGCCACUUCGUCCGUGCUGAGUGAUUUUUUCUUCCUUGGUGCUACGUUUUCAGGGGAGUUGCCCCAGCACCCAAAGCUGCCCUCAGAUAUACUCACCUCGUGUCUUAUGACACCGUUACAGAUGGCACUGCUGUGGUUUAUGGUUGAGAACGAUUCCCUAACAGAUAUUCACCCGCUUUUGCCUUUCCUUAUACCUGGGGCACUGGAUGACAAGAAGACGCCACUUGGUCAGCUUCAUUGGGCGACUAUGGCCAUAAUGGAGUGCAUUGCUUGGUCUUCUCUUCCGUACAAAACGUUUGUGCACUUAUUUCGUGAAGAUGUUGUCGUCGCUCCGUUAUUUCGUGGAUUCUUGCUUGCGGAACGCAUCAUCACAGCCCUGGGUGGUGAGGUUUGUGUUUAUCCACCGCUCCCGCAUAUGGGAAACCAUCCACAAUGGGAUUCGUUGGAUUGCAUUAUUGGCAGAACUUUUGUCUCCUUGAAGCGAGCAGUUCAGCCAGCUCCUCCCACCUCACUGACAACGUUGGAGUUUCGCGAGUGGCUCGACUGGAACGUCACUAAGUGGCGAUGCGAGCAGCGUUCCAUGUCGCUUCCAUCACUUGGUAACCGUCCUGUCACUGUGCCUGAUUUCCUUGAGGAGGAGCUGCGCUGCUUGAUGGCUGUGGCGGAGCGGGUAACGGAGCAGAGCUUGUUCCACUGCGGGGGCAUUGCCUGGCAUCAGUGUAGACGGCCGGGACAUAUCGGACCGCACAGGACUGGGCCACGGAAGGUGAGUAUUUACAGAGGUAUGGGGGAGGAAGCGGCAGUUGACCCUCUUCUCGCAUGCAGCACAGGCUCAAAUGAUCUCAGUGGUUGUGGGUGUUCCGGAGGUGCAUUCAUGAGGCCCUUCCCUUCUGUCGCCGGGUUGCCCAUGUUGCUGCAGGGUUUGCUUGUGGUGGCACACCGUGAUGAAGCUAUGAAGGUCCUCUGCCGUUUCAUUGAUGCCGGACUUUCGGCCGCGGCGGCAUGCGCAAAAGUUGGAAUAUUCGACAUGGCGUUAGCGCGUUUUUGGAGCCGGAGUGAUCUGCAGCAUUUGCUACCUUCUAUGUUAUUUGUGUACGCCAAGGCAUGCUAUGCGGACCCAUCGCUUGCAGGACUGGCGUGGGCACAGCGAAGCGCCGUAACGACGAGUUGCCUGAAGGCGUUGGAAAGACCCUUCAGCCUGCCUAGUGACCCUCCUGCUGGGCCUGGUCUGUGGCAGUGCAAGGAACUCGGUUAUUGGCUGGAGUCUGAAGGCCAGCGUGUGCUCUCUUCAGCCAUACUAUCCAUGACCAGCUUCUCAUUUGACCAAGACAGGAAGUAUCUUCUUGAGAGUGGCGCACUCAAUCUUUGCAGCGAACUUCUGCGAGAUGCCAGCGUCAGGGUGCCGUUGUUGCAGCGGGGGUCUGCUGAAGUGUACAUCAAUCAGUCAAGGGGGAGCCGCGUCCAACAUCAUUUCGUAGCAACCACCGACGCUUACGCGGCAAGAUUAACAACCUCUAUCACUUCUCUUCUCGCGUUGUUCGUGGCAUUGACGUGGAAGGCAAGUGCACUUGAGCCUGGCGCUGCGAGACCAAUCAAUGCUGGGACCGAAGGAGCGCUGACGAACGGCAGUGGAGGCGAACAGAAGUUGGGGUUGGAAGAGUUAGCAUCCCCUUUAAAGACGCUGCACCUCCUUUCGUGGGCAUCUUCAUCUAUUAUACGUGGAGCGGCUCUUAAAGCCAUAUCUGUGACUAUGUCGUCCAGUUGUACGGACGAAGCGACAUCGUUACGAUGUAUUCACAUUAUUGUUGAAUGUGCCAACGUGCUUGUUGCUCCUCGUGAGGGGAAUAUGAGCAACCGAAUCGAUCUUGUCGAUAUUGUCUUUCUUUCUAUACGGUGGCUGGUGCGAUACUUGUCUGCUCACAUGCCAAUGGAAACCGUGCGGGCUUCCGUUCAGUGCGCCUCCGAAAAAAUAUAUCGCGCUUCAGAAGCGGGUGAGGGUGGUUCUAACGGUGGUGGUGAAGAGGAUAUCCUCCCAGGUCUGGUAAGUGGUACGCGCUCGCUGAUUUGUGACAUUUACUUUCCCAAAGGGUGCCCACUGGAGUCGUGUCCAUCAAAAUGUGACAAUGACCGCGCCAUGGAAGUCGGUUGCCCCAUUGUUUUUCUUGCACGCCUGGUGUGCUGGACAGGGGCUGCAACACAUGAUCCGUGUCCUUAUGUCUCCUCUCGUGCGGAGGAGGCACUCAGUUGUUUACCACCACUUAGCGCGGGCGGCUUCUUCACGCAGCCAACAACCCCGAGGGAGUCAGGUGCGGUAGAAAAAUCGACAAAAGUGCCCAGUGACGCCAAAAGUAGGAGGUUUUUAUCGAUGCUUCGUAGCUCUGUAAUUCGGGUUCUAAAACGGGGAAUGCGAGGGACAGGCAAUCGUUCUGACGGUGCUGCAUCACGAGGCAAGGCAGCCGGUGUGGAACGCGAUCGUCGACUUAGUAAUGAAAGUGGUGGCGUCGCGGACGUUCAGACUCUCGCGUGCGACGCUGUUUUACCACGCAGGAUCGUUUCCACUGGUAGUGGUGCAGCUGUCGCAUCCUUUGUUUUCACUCUUCUGGGUUUCCUGGACGAGCUGUUGCUAGUACCAAUGGACGAUGAUGAUCCACGAAAUACCUUUAACCUUAGGAGGGACUUCUGCAUGAGAGAGUACGUGCACAAGGUGAGAAAUGAAUUGCGGCUGUCAGCGCCCCCCGCUGGUUAUAGUGGUGAUAGCUGUAACCUACCUGCGGUGCCAUCCCCACCUCUCCCGACCUGGUCCCCACCAGUCUCUCACGUCGAGGGUGUAAAACCAUUAGUUGACGAGGAAAGGGAACCGAGCGCCAUGUUAUCUCCCACUGGGAGCCAACUCCCCCUGAUCAACCUUUCGAUAACUUCCGACACGAGCCUUGGGGCGUCGGCUUGGUCACACCCGGUCAGCAACGUUUCAUUUGAGCAUGACGGGCUUAUCGGCGUGAUGGCAUUCCACAUGGCGGAACGGCAUCUCGUAACGGGAACCUCUCAUGGUACGGUGCAGGUUUGGUCGUGGAGCGCGGAAGAGCAUCUCACCGCCAUGGCUGGCCGUUCCUCUACUGCCCUGAGCGCGGCGUGCUCAUUAACGGCGGCAACAGCGUCGGCAAGCACAUCACCGGCCACAUCAGUCGGUGUGGGUUCCACCUCUGUUCAUGUGAAAGCGACGUGCCGGUGGAUUUCAGAUAUUUGUGCCCCGGCGGUAACGUCGUGGGUUGAUCCCGUUGCAUUUGCCAGGACUACAACGCUGUAUAAUCAACAGCAGCAAUCGGGUCCGCGAAAAAAGAUGACCUCUGGGAUCAUUGCCAAGUCGUCGCACGGGUGGGUGGGGCUUCCGUGGAACAUCCAUUCGGCCUGGCAGUGUCCUGAGGAAGAUAGCCCGGUUAUUUCCGAGCACUGUGCUACGAAUUCUAUCAAGUCGGUUACUGGAUUACAUUUUGUAGAUGCCGCCUAUCGCACGUUGUUGUGCGUAGUGGGUUCCUCGGGGUCGGUGCAGCUCUUCAUGGACUACGCUGGUGGGACUGCAGUGAAGCGUGUCACCUCAUUUGCGACUGCGGCAUGCGGGGGGAGAUGUGGCGGGGGUCGCAUGCCUUGUCUUUCCUCCUAUCAUGUACCAGCGACUUUAUUGCAUGUAAGUGGGCCUGAUGGGUUGAUUGACUCAUGGGAUUUGGUGUGUGAGCACAAGGUUUUGGAGGGCAUUGGUAGCCAACAGUCAUCCUUUAUUAUGCCCUCUGUUAUAACACCAAGCUCCACUGAUGAUUCAACCGUAGCUGUUGGCGCCGGUUCGGUUUACUUAUUUGAUCUGCGAAAACCCGCUCGGGCCACUUGUAUUUUCCCUAGCAGCGCAGAGUCGGAGGAUGACGCGGCAAAGCCGCCUGUAGGUGGUGCAGAAAAUUCGAAGGGCACGUGCCUCCAUAUAAGUUUCCCUUAUUGCUAUCCCCAUGUUAUUGUGACGGGAUAUGGUGGCGCGAAGGGGGUUGUAACGCUUUGGGAUAAGCGGUUUCCCCGCGACCCUCUUCGGCAGGUGGUGGUGGCGGAGCCGGUUGCCCCCGCUUCAUCGGCUUUACGCAAUCCCGUGUGUCGAAUGGAUGUGCAGCCGUAUCAUCAAACCCUCUCAACCGUAUCAGCGACUGCAGAUGCGAUUUUCAUUAGUGAUGUUAUGGAAGAGUCUGCAGUGAAUGGACAGGCGAGGGCCUCGUACACGCGAGUGAAGGAACUCCCUGGUGCGGUGGCUUUUCAUCCCAUACUUCCGAUUUGUGCUGUAGCGACUGGAGGGCCGCCGCGUAUUUACGGUCGUAGCACGACAUGUGUGUAUGAUUAG